GACUCUGCUAGGUGCUUUGGUUAAAGUUAAACAACCACUUGUCGAAUUGCCAAAGCAACUUAAUUAAGGAAGAAUGUCCACAACAAAGCUAGUAAAAAUGUUUGAAUAUGGAAAAGCUGGAAUAAUCCAAUUCAAUCGACCUGCCGCUUUGAACGCAAUAAAUAAGGAGAUGUGGAAAAAUAUGCACGAGCUGAUUUCGAUAAUGGAGCAUCAAAAAGACAUUGUCAUACUUAAGGGUUCCGGUAAGAUUUUCUGUGCAGGCGGAGAUAUUAAACAAUUGACGAGAGCUAGUCCAGAUGAAGCUUAUUUCCUGUAUUCGUUGGCUUGCAGAACCUUCGACCGGAUCAGCAAUUACAAAAAGCCUUUUGUGGCACUUGUGGACGGAUUGACAAUGGGUGGUGCAGCCAUUUACGCAAUGUCUGGAAAAUAUCGUAUAGCUACGGAAAGAACGAAGUUCGCAAUGCCGGAAACAAUCAUUGGAUAUUUCAAUGACGCCGCUUCAUCAUAUUGGUUGUCUCGAUUGGAAAAUAAUUUCGGCAUCUAUGUUGGCCUGACGGGAAACUAUGUGAAAGGGUACGAUAUGAAGAAAAGUGGUUUAGCGACACAUUACAUUGAAAGCAGAAAAUUGGACGAGCUGGAACAAAAUUUGAUUCGAUGUGAGAGUCAUGCCGACGUGGAAAAGGUCUUAGCCGAGUCUUCAUCUGAUCCGCCUUCCCUUGCCACCGAACUAGAUGAAAUACUUCCAAGCAUCAACAAGUGCUUCGGUGGAGUUACAAUGGAAGAAAUAUUUGAUAAUCUCGAAAACGAUGACAGUGAGUGGGCUAAGGAUACUUUGGCCGUUUUAAAAAUGAAGUCACCAACAUCGUUAAAAGUUUCGCAUCGCAGUUUUACAACUGGGAAAAAUAUGCCUUUAAGAGAUUGCUUAAAUAUGGAAAUGGUUUUAACAAUAAAUUAUUGCACUGAUGGUUCCGAUGCGAAAGAAGGUGUUCGAGCUAUACUGAUCGAAAAAGAUUUAAAACCGAACUGGAGUCGUAAGUCAAUCUAUGAGGUUGCAGACGAAGAUGUGCAGAGGUUUUUCAGACCAAUACCAAAGAAAUAUGAACUCAUUUUCGAUGAACAGUUAAGAAUUAAACUAUGAAGGUCAGCAGGUCGGCGUCAUCAUUGAGAAGCGAAGAUGUAACCGAUGCUUUGAAUAGAAAAUUCUGAAAAAUAUUUUUGAAUAAGUU